GUCGUUCUUUUAAUGCAGGCCGUUUGAGGGGAAACGGUCGUCCACAUCUGGCUAGAGCCACGCGUGAAACUCCCUGCACCGGCAGAUUUGCAGUGGCUUCAACGCGUGUUCCUCGCCAGUGCUCUCCCCUCCUCAAAUUAAUUCGCAUCCCAUCCCCGCAACCACAAUGGCCAACCUGGAUUCACACGUUGCCUCUAUACUCGAUGCCAACAAUUCCGACGACGAAGAUGCUCUGAUAGCAUCCCUCGAAGACUCACCAGCCCUCGACGCCUUCCGCGAACAGAGAAUUCAACAAUUGCAUUCCGAAUUCACGCGUGCGAAAGCGCAGAAAAAUGAAGGGUUUGGCAAUUAUACAGAGAUCAAGGAGGAGAAAGCCUUGAUGGAUUUGACGACAACUGUUAAGUAUGCAGUCGUGCAUUUUGCAAAGGAAGAUUUCGCUAGGUGUGGGGUUAUGGAUGGGCAUUUGGAGAGUCUGGCACCAAAGCAUUUCGAUACCAGAUUCCUGAAAAUGAAUGUCGAGAAUGCCCCAUUUCUGGUUACGAAGCUGAAGAUCCAGGUUCUUCCUUGCGUGCUAGCAUUCGUCAACGGGGUCAGUGUGGACCGGAUUGUGGGGUUUGAGGGUUUGGGAUAUACACAAGAUACGUUUACCACGAAAGAUCUGGAGGCGAGGUUAUUGCAAUGUGGCGUCAUACAGAGGGCGAAGGCUACGGUGGAUGCUUCGAUUAAGUUUGGUGUGAAGAAGGCCAAGAAGGAUGACAGUGAUGAUGGUGAUGACUGGGAUUGAGAGGAGAGCUGCAGAACUGUUGCCCCUGUGAGCCUCACAUCAGCCUAGCAUUUGGUUCUAUCAUGAUUAUCAAGCCAACUGGGGACCAGUGUCCAUGCGGUGGAUGGAAUCGAAGUCCUGAGUCAGCAGCGCAUAGCAAGGGCCCGCUAUGGCUUGUAGGUUUGGAGACCAGAGGCGGUGGACAUACAAUUGUGUCCGCAUACGAAGCUGCCCGGCGGAGGAUCCUCGAAGCCACACCCAUCCUGUAUUGAGAGAUGCACGGUCAUAAUGCACCAGGAGCUCUUAGCAUAUUAGCUAACAGAUGAUCGCACCUGCAUACAUGUCGGAGCUACCAUUCACUGCAUGGUUGGUUAAUUACAAUCCUCCCUUUGGUCUAUUAAAAAGCUCUUCCUCGCUUCAACAAUGCCAGCACAAGAACUUAAUCACCAUGAGAGAAU